ACAUUUAGGAAAGACAUGUCUGAAGUGGAGUUAGAUAGGAAUAUCUAUCAGAGUCUGUAUCCAGGAAUUCCAAUAUCGGUUCAAACAGAAGAUAGUUGGCUUCAAGACACUUCUGGUAGAAAGUCCCCAAGAAAGAAAACAGUCUUUGCUGUGCAGGAAGAAGUGCCUGAGCACCUGGCUUCUAAGUUAAGAGAAAAAUGGGUAAUAAAUCCAGAAGAGCUAAAACUAAGUAUUUUAUGUGAGUUUGAGUUUAAGGAAGACUUUAUAACACUCUUCGAGUCCCCCCUGAGAACGCUGCCCAGCAUUGGGCCACCGUCCAUUCUGUCCUACAGACAGGAGCGUCCCAACUUGGACGUCCACUUCCAGGAUGAAGAGGAGGAGCAGUCGCCUAAGUGUGAGUUUUGUGGAAGUGAUCUGCAGGAGUUCAUCUCCCACGUGGACUUUUGCUCUCAACCAAGAGAACUGGUUUCCUGUUGUCUUCAUUUUCAAAGUCUGGUCGACUACAUCUGUGAGGAAAAUGAAAAGCAGAGCCCUAAAUCUGAAUUAAUCAGUAUUAAGCCUCACGCAGCCCAUGGCAAUGAAGUGGAUCGACUGAAGGCCAAAGAGAAAGCCAUACAGAGGAAACAGGAGCGACAGCUGGCCAGACAUUUCACAGUAAUAACAAAUGAACAGAGCAACUCACCUGAAGAAGAGUCAAAGCACUUAAAAACGAUUUCUUAUCAACUCUCUGUGGAUGUGCCAGAAAAAGAGGAGACUGAAGACAGACUUGACUUUUACGUAAAAAACUGUAACAUGUCCAUUGUUGGCUGUGAUUCUAGGAAAGCCUGUGGGAAGGUUGUGAGUGACGAGCUGUUGGAGAAGCACUACAAGCACGGGAGCAAGUUCCUGACCUCGCUUCCAGACGGGACAACCCAGAUAUUUUACCCGUCUGGAAACCUGGCCAUCAUCCGAGUGCCCAACAAGACCAGUGGUUUCACCUCCAUAGUCCAAGAAGACGCAUCCACCGACCCCGCCAUCCUGGCCGUGCUCAACUCCUCGGGCAGAAGCUCCUGCUACCAUCCCAAUGGCAACGUCUGGGUAUACAUCAACUUCCUAGGAGGUCAGUAUUCGGACGAAGCUGGCAACAGAGUAAGGGCCUGGAACUGGUCAGGCUCCAUCGCCUCGUCUUCGUCCUUCGUUUCAUUUAAACCUGUCUUUCUGGCUUUGAACCGUUACGUCGGAGUCCGCAUCUUAGAGCAAGACAAGAUCGCCAUCACCUUCCUGGCCAUGGGGCAGCAGGCACAGAUCAGUGUUGGAACCAAAGUGAAGCUCACCCACUCGGAGGACAUCCCCGCGCUGCAGCACCUGAGUGAAGAGGACCUUCUGCUGCUGGCCAGCCUCAUAAAGAUCCGCUGCCUGUUCUCCAAGCUGGAGGGGUGCGUGAGCUUCCCCUCGGGCCAGGCUUGGGAGAAAUUAAAGCAGCCGUCCUACCUUUCUUCACUUUCCCUGAAGCUGUUUGCCCUCUGUCGCAAUUCGGGAGCAAAUCAAGACAUAAUGGCAACAGUUAGAGGCUUAAUAAAUGGAGAGAUUUAA